UGACUAAGCUUUUCACCUCAAACCUAAGGCCACAAACUAAGCAGCGCAAAGCUUCUUACCGAGCCAAGUGGAAAGAUUUCAUCAAACCACUCAAUCUACCGUCCACCUCCCAAAUCACCCGCCAUGGCGUCUCGCAGACUAGCUUUGAACGUCACACAGGGCCUGAGAAGCCGCGCUGGUCUGUCGGCUGUCCCUGCCUUCCGACGCGGCCUCGCUACCCCUUCCAGCGUUGGCAAAACUCAGACCACAACCCUGAAGAACGGCUUGACCGUUGCCACCGAGCACUCGCCAUGGGCUCAGACCUCGACCGUCGGCAUGUGGAUUGACGCCGGUUCUCGCGCUGAGACUGACGAGACCAACGGUACCGCUCAUUUCCUCGAGCAUCUUGCCUUCAAGGGCACUGCCAAGCGCUCUCAGCAGCAAUUGGAGCUCGAGAUUGAGAACAUGGGCGGCCACCUCAACGCGUACACUUCGCGUGAAAACACCGUCUACUUCGCCAAGGCCUUCAACUCCGAUGUUCCCCAGUGUGUCGACAUUCUUUCCGAUAUCCUCCAGAACUCCAAGCUCGAGGAGUCUGCCAUCGAGCGAGAGCGCGACGUGAUCCUCCGCGAGUCCGAGGAGGUUGAGAAGCAGGUUGAGGAGGUUGUUUUCGACCACCUCCACGCCACUGCCUUCCAGGGCCAGCCCCUUGGACGCACCAUUCUCGGCCCCCGCCAGAACAUCCGCGAUAUUUCCCGCACCGAGCUCACCAACUACAUCAAGAAGAACUACACUGCUGACCGCAUGGUCCUCGUCGGCUCCGGUGGCGUUCCUCACGAGAAGCUUGUCGAGCUUGCUGAGAAGCAUUUCUCUGGCCUCCCCAGCACUGCUGGCCCCGAGACUUUGUCCAAGCAGAAGGCUGACUUCAUCGGCUCUGACGUUCGCGUCCGUGACGAUACCCUCGGCACUGCCAACAUUGCUCUCGCUGUUGAGGGUGUUAGCUGGAACUCCCCUGACUACUUCACUGCUCUCGUUACCCAGGCUAUCGUCGGCAACUACGACAAGGCUUUGGGCAACGCUCCUCACCAGGGCAGCAAGCUCAGCGGCUUCGUCCACAAGCACGAGCUUGCCAACAGCUUCAUGUCGUUCUCUACCAGCUACAGCGACACUGGUCUCUGGGGUAUCUACCUUGUUUCCGACAACUUCACCCGCGUCGACGACCUUGUUCACUUCGCCAUCCGCGAGUGGAUGCGUCUCUGCACCAACGUCAGCGAGGCUGAGGUCGAGCGUGCCAAGGCUCAGCUGAAGGCUUCUAUCCUUCUUUCUCUCGACGGCACCACUGCUGUUGCUGAGGAUAUUGGUCGCCAGAUCAUCACCACCGGCCGUCGCAUGAUGCCUGGCGAGAUUGAGCGCCAGAUCGAUGCCAUUGACUCCAAGAGCGUUAUGGACUUCGCCAACCGCCACCUCUGGGACAAGGACCUCGCCAUCAGCGCCGUCGGAAACAUCGAGGGUCUGUUUGAUUACCAGCGUCUCAGAAACACCAUGAAGCCUUUCCACUAAAAGAAGCGCGUUCGUGAUUGUUCGAAUAAAGGGGUAAAGAAGAAGUAUUGGUUAAAGUUGGCGGGAUGCAGGGUAUAGAAUGUAUGAGAUACCGGUUUACAGACGCCUAGUGUACCAUAAAGUUCCCAUGUUCAUACUAGGUACUUCCCUUUGUAAUUGUGAAUUAUAGCGCGGCAACGCAUCUCUAAAACUUUCAAACUCUAAAACUUAAAUCCACCACCACCCGAGUCUACAUGGAAAGACGCUAUUGGCGACGGGACAAGACAAUCCAAACAACAGCUACGAUCAGAGCAGCUAUGAUGAAUAGUACACCAAGCAUAAGCCAAACGCAUGUGCGGUUGGGAAAAGAGCAUCGCGUGUCGCGGUCCAUUAUGCAGCACCAUGGCACAAUUUCAGGCUCAACGUCGUUCGUCGUGCCCCAGGAAUCUUCGUGCCCAUUGGUAGUACUUUCCUCAUGGCGGGAAAGCAUUGGCAGUGUACUAGACUAAAUUAGUAUAGUAUCAUUUACUAGUUAAAAUAACUUACGUAGUAUAUGGAGGCGGUGGCGCUGGCGGCAAUCCGUGGAGUGGACAGCCCAUCAUUUCUUUGAUGCUGCUCGGGGGAAUAAGAGACUUGGACAAAAGAGGGAGCGAAGCAGGCAGCAGACUGGUUAAAUAUAAUGCUAAGAUUAUAAGAGAAGAAAUAAAAUUAGAGUUUCAGGACUAAAAGCUUGAGUAGAGUAGAUGCAUUGCAUGGGACUUUAUGCUCUACAUCUACUCAUCUAGCUUUUUCUCCUUGUUUGUACACUCAGCGAAGUGCCCAAAACCUAUGAAUAUACAUAGUAGCGAGAAUAUCACAGCAACCAACAUCGGUGUGACAAAUAUGCCCAAGAUUGUAUACAGUUAACUAGUUGUUUUAUCUAGUAGUGAGGUUCAUCGUAGCCAUGACUCCAGUAACGCCAGCCCAAAUUUGCCCAUGAAAUCAAAUUUACAAUGCGCUUCCCAUCAAUGGGGCGUAUGCAUCAAGCUUUAUUCUUCCGCCAUUUCCUCAUCAAUGUCAUCUCCAAAAACAUCGUCUACUGUACCGCCCUCAACACCAUCGCCACCUUCUUCAACUGGGACUGGGCCUUCAAUGCCUUCCAUUGCAUCCCCAUUGGUGCCCACAGCCUCAUGCUCUCCCAUUUCAUUCCAUAGAUCUUGCAAGCCCCAGCUAGUUCCACUGAGCACGAAGCGUUCGCUUGGGAGACGGACUCCCCAUUCGUUUGGCGUAAUCUUGGGUAAGGCGACCUUAUUGCGAUCCCGAGCAAGCUCCUGCAUAUACUCCUUGCUAAUACCACCGCCGCUACUGCCACCGCGGAACUGGAAUCCUAAUCUCGCGGCAAUGGCUAGUCUCACCGCAUUUGCGCUAACAGCGGCAUCUCCUGCUGCAGCUGCAACGGCGCCUGACGAGGCCGAUGGCUUUGAGCCUGCAUGUGUGACGUACGGGUCGGCCGCGAGGUGAAUGGCGUCAUUGAGAAUCGCCGAUGUAUGUCGAUAAGCAAAGUCGAGGAGUAGUAACGGGACUCGUUGUUCGUAUGCCGUGACUCCCUGAGACGUGAGAAGUAGCUCAAUGAGUCGAGCAUCGCGCGGUCGAGGAGCAGCGGCUGAAGCAGGCCCGGAGGCAGGGCCAGGCUGGCUUGCCGCAGACGCAGUAGGAACGGGUGCAGGUGCUGCAGGCGCAGAUGGUGCAGCUGUUCCGUUCGGUUGCGGUGCUGCUGUUGCCAUGAUUGCUACUUUGUCGUGUGGCGAAGGGCUAGAUGACUAUUGUAGGAGGUCGCGAGGGCGCAUGCGCCAAUGAGGAAUGUUGCGUAUUCCUUGGAGAGAGUAUCAAUUGAGAAGUAUCAAUUGAGAAUAAGUCGUAGCAGGAGCUCGGUCUGGGAUCGUGAUAUCCAAUAGAAGAAUAUUAAUGGUGGUGGUAUAGUUUGCCGGGUGGGAUGAUGCGCUCGUUCUCAUGAAGCUUCACAACGUG